AUGUUUAUGCCUCAGAAGUUUAUGACCGAGUUCUGGUACUUCUUCCUAGAAAGCGAUGGAGCACCUGCUGGUAACUAUGGCUAUACCAAUAGUGGAUACAGUGUUUAUGAAGAAGAAAAUGAGAGGUUAACAGAAAGUCUGCGUACAAAAGUCAGUGCCAUUAAAUCACUUUCCAUUGAAAUUGGAACAGAAGUUAAAAACCAAAAUAAAAUGUUAUCAGAAAUGGAUAACGAUUUUGACUCUACGGGUGGACUUCUAGGUGCAACUAUGGGCAGACUGAGAACACUCUCCAGAGGAAGCCAGACAAAGCUGUUAUGCUACAUGAUGCUCUUUGCAUUGUUUGUUUUUUUUGUAAUAUACUGGAUUAUUAAACUGAGGUGAUGCAUGUUACCUUCGGUUUAAAUUCUGUAAUUUCAACUAUAAACCAGUCUUAAUGAAGACAUUGAUCUAAAGUGGCAUAUUCUGUUGAUAAAACACAGUGAAAUUGUUGUAAAUUGCAUUAACUAUUAAUGCGAUGUUAUAUAUAGUUUUCUUAAUGUAUCAAUUUCUCCCAUCAUCCCCUGUUUUGGGGGGAUUAUUUGUAAAUAUGCAGAAACUGCUAUCAUAGUAGGUUGCUUUUUUAGGGGAAAGUAGUUUUUUGAAUUGAUUUAAAAAAACAGAAAAUAACAGUUGUUUGGAUAUGAAGUAAUUACAGAAUUACAAGGCUUUCUCUUUCAUUCUGCUUUUCAUUCUGGGCCAUGCUCUAAAUUAGAGCUCCAGUUCCAGGCAUACAGUAAUUUCUAGGUUGCAAAAGCAUGAAGAAUACUUGGAUCUUCCUAUAUUGGUUUUAUCUGUGGAUUUUUAAAAGACUGGCCUGAAGCUAACAAAUGUAAUAGUGGUACCCCCAAAAAUUAUUUUUGUGGAUAGGUCUUAUAGUGCAUGUGUUUAAGUAGCUUAAACUGUGUAUUUUGGGGAGAAGAAGUUACUUAAAACUGGAU